AUUUAAAAUGUCUAUUAAGAAUGAAAAACAUGACUUUUUUGUAUAUGCUCUACUUUAAUGACAGUUUAUAGAGUUUAAUGUUACUUUUAGGGACAUGUGUGAAAAGAAGCUUCUUAUUCGAGAAAAGAUAUUAAUGUAUAUUGAAAACUAGAUAUCUUAGAUCCUCCCAAAUUUCUUUAAGAAUCUAGUAUUAGCAUGUCUUUGUACUUUCCAUGUGCUCCUCAUUAUCUCUGAAAUAAAAUGCUACUAGAUUUUAAAUUCUUUACAAGGAAAUUAUUUCCCUUGAAGCCAGGGAGGCAUUUCUCUAACAACAUAAUGACAGUAAUCUCAGAGAUGGAAUAGUAUCUUAGGAUAUAGAAAUCUGUCAUCUUUUCAAUUAAUUUUGAGACAGAGCUCACCUACCAAUAUGGGCAAUCUUGCUAUCCAGACUUAAGGUAAGAAUCUGGCAUCUUCCUGGCAUGUCAAACUCCACAAGCUUUGCUUUAUGAAACCAUGGUGAAAUAACCACUUUCAGAAGAAUGCUCAGGGAUGAGUUAGGCGUGCCACCAUGAUGUGAUCAAAAUGUAGGAAUCUGUGGAUCUGACAGCAUUUUAAGGUUUGCUAUCCUUAAAAGGAUAACAUCCCAAAGCAAGUCAGUUGUUCCUUUCCUCCAGAGUAUUAGUGUAGAGUUUAGACAUGAUUGAUGAGGAUAGUCAUUUGAUUGUAGUACACAUAUGAUGGCAGUGUCCACUGAACAGUGCUUUCGGAGAAAAGAUACUCCUGCCUUACUUCAUAAACCAAAGUAACAUCCAGCAGCUAGAAGCCUUUGCCCUGGUAUAAGCUCCUUCAGAAGGUUGAACUGGGGGCUUUAAUUCUUCUAUCUAGGGCAGUGUUUCUCAACCUUGGCGACUUGAAGAUAUGUGGACUUCAAUUCCCAGAAUUCCCAAGGUUGAGGCACACUGCUCUAGGGCCUCACUUUAGCCCACUAACCUCAUCUAUAUUCUGCUGAAAUAUCUGUAGGGGUGAGAGUAAACUAUUGGCUAUAAGGAUGCGGGGGGUGGUGGUGGUAAUCAGGCAUUAACGUUACAUAAAACAGAUUUUAUUAAAUAGCAAGAGAUCAUCUGCACAGUUUGUUGCAGGAUUGUUGCAAGGCAUUCUGAAAUACACCAUUAUUUUGAAAAAUCAUUACGGUUUUGCAAACUUCACUUGCCUUUCACAGGUAGCAGUGUGGUUUUAGAAUGAAAGACAUUUAUAAGAGGAGUGGGAAACUAUAGGAAAAUGAGUGUGCUAAGAAGCCACAUGGAAGGAUAAGGCCGGCAUUACGUGAGCCAUGUAUGUUUGAUUCUACAACCCAGAAGCCCUUUUGCAGAUUGUGCAUUUGGAUUGCUUUCCCACUGAAACUUUGUAGUUAAAUUUUAAAAAGUCACAUUUCUAGAAAUCCAGAUCCCUUGACAUAUGUCAGAUUAUGCAUAGAAAUCUAUACAUGUCUAUUAUAGGUUAUGCCUAAUCUAGCUUUCAAUUCAAUCCAUUGAUUACUGUGGAUAAAUGCAAAGAUGACCCUAAAACCCCAGCUCCCAUGAUCACAUGAGCCAAUGUAAAAUAAAUAAAUAGACAAAUAAAUACAUGUUUUGCUUCAUAAUCUACAAAUCAGUGACAAAAUAUAUAGGCAAUAUGCAGCUUAUAAAUCACAUGAAGAUUUGGAGUUCCUAGCAGCCCUGCCCAUUUUUUCCUGUUGUCCACCUGAUCAGCCAGCAGCUGGGCAUCAGAGAGCAGAUGCUGUUUCCUAUUGUCAAUAGCAGGAGGAAAAUAGUAAUCUUGAUAAAGACUAUGGAGGAGAGAGGACUUUACGUUUCUCCAGCAAUCUUACUCUGUUAUCCCCUUCUCACUGAUAGCCCUAUCUCCCCUCCCCAGCAAUCCUUAUCAAUCCCUGUCUCCCAGUUGCUAAUAGCACAGAAAAAUAGCUAUCUUAGGGAAGGUCACUGGAAAAGGGAACAAGAUUAAAACUCCCCUCCCCCAAUAAUUAUGUGUGCUUGGUCUAUGGUACAAGGUGAAUUUCUCUGUGUGAACUGGGAAAUGUGAUAAGUAUAUGUAAAUGUAAGAGAAAGAGCAAGUGAACAUGUUUUUAUAUAGACUGUGAGGUGUCCCACCUAUCAACCCCAAACAGUUCAGUGGCCCCAGAGCCAAAACUGCUUCCCGUUUCUGCAAAUCUGAAAUUCCCUGUAAACUUACCGAAUCUUCCAAGGACGUUCCCUGUGGAUUUUAAUAAUAACAAUCCUGAAGGGCUUGUAAGGCACCCAGAUUUUGGUUUUAAGGUGGGCAGCUAAAGAACCUGGUGGGGUUUUGUCAGGAGCAAUUUGCCAAAAACAUGAAUGAAGACAUGACCAGUGUUAAAAGAAAAGCAGGCAUAAAUUGGAACAGAAUUUUAACUCCAGGAGUCAUAGUUUGCUCUUUGGACACCCUGCUGCUUCCCUUUUCUCUUGGAGACCUCUAGGCUUAAAAUGCAGAUGAAAGCUGGUGCAUAUGUACCACAGGCCAUGAACUCUAUAAAAUAUGCAUGGCUACCAUUUAUGAAGCUAUGGCGUCUCAACAGCAGAGGGAAAGUAUUCCCUAUAGCUAUGCAAAAACCGAUAAACAUCUUUUCACAGUACCAAAACACAUUAAUGAUAAUUUACCAUUACCAGGAAAAUCCUUCAGUAGGAUGAUCAUUUGCUAGCAUGUUAUGGAAGAUUCACACAUGCAUUCUGGAAGGAUAAUCUGGAUGUAAUUAGAUUUUUGUGGGGAACCUAUUAAAAAGAAAGGGCAGGAAAAUAAAAAUAAGAGAUGAAAAGUAAAUUACAAUAGGGUGAGCUGGACUUUCUCCCACAUCCACAGCUGACAAGACAUAUAUGUGCCAUCAGGUUAAAUGCCUGUGCAUAUACACAUUAAUGUUUUAGGGAAAAAGAAAUCAAGGGUAAAUCUGCUGUAAAGACUGAAAGGUGGGGAGAGGCUGAAUAUGGGCCACAACUUAUUAGUACUGUAAAUUUGCAGAAGUGCUUUCUCCUCAGAAAUAUGCUCUGGGCAUAUUUGCUUAUGUAGUUAAUUUCAUUCUUUUUAUACUCCAUCUUUCAACCAAGAGACUUAAGGUAAUGCCUAUACCUCCCACCAGUUUUUUAUUCCUUCCAAUUCAAGGAACUGUUGGAAAGAAAUUACAUAAGGCUCAGUUUUCUGUCUACCCAUCAGUAGGAUUACUCUUUGAAAACAGAACAGAAUGGGACCAAUUUGGUGUGGCAGGAGAAGAUGGAUUGUAUUUACUACUAUAAGACUACAUCCUUUGGAUUUCCUGGUGGUUUCCCAUCCCAGUUCCAACCAGGUUUUUGGAAGGUCUGCUGCAAGGGAAGUGAAGAGGUGCCUGUGGUAUUUUUGGCCUCAGAUGACAAAAUAACUUGGAAAACCUUCAGCUAUGUCGACUGAAUAUGUGCAGACAUCUCAUGAUAAGUCUGAAGACAGACUGGAUGGGCGAGAGACUUGCUGUAACCAUUUGGAUGAUCUUUCUGAGCAGUUGCUUAAAAGUUGUGAACUCAAAAGGAUACCAAGAAAAGGGAAGACUCAUCAAGGCUCUCAGAAAAAUGACCUGGAACAGAGAAAACCAAAGAGAAAAGACACACCAGCAAUAAAUACCCCCCCGCCAAUAGCAGGUAUUCUUUCAGACCAUUUAAUUAAGAGGUGUGACCUCUCUGAGAAACCACCAAAGAAUAAUGUUCAAAAAACAGAGCAAGAUCAAAAAAAACCCAGAAGAAAAAAUACUCCUGCCAUAAACACACCACCUCUACUUGCAGGUAUUAAGCUACUUAAAGAAGAUGAACAGACCGUGAUUGCUGAAGAUGAAGAAAAGGAGGCAGAAACAUCACCAUUUUAGAUUCCAGUCAGAUUGUCAUGAUUUUGUAAAUAAUUAUCUGCAAAGUCCUUAUAAAAAUGGAAUAGACUCCAUGCAGCAUUCUUACAUAUAUUGCUGCUCAGUUAUAUUCCAUUAAAUAUGAAUGUGGAUCAUGUUUUUUCUAUAGUGUUACACCUUUCCACCAAAAUGAACCUCAGUGUGUCUUCAAUAUUUUAGGUAGUCAAAAAGCAAAAUCCGGUAACCAACAAUAACCUUCUUGUCAGCACCAGAAGACCUAGUAUUGUACCCAGUCUCUCCCUCUCAUUCCUUUAUGUACACACUCAUGAAUUUAUUUUGCCAUUUUUGGAAAUUGUUUUGCAAUAGAGUAAAAAUGACCUUUUUUAUUAUUAUUUUACAUCAGAACAUUUUUUUCUGAUAUACAAUAACUAUUUUCUCAAAUCAAGGGUACUUGGUAUCUCUAUCAACAAAUUACAUAAUUGCAGGAAUAAUAGCUUCCUGAUAGUUUCCUAAAAAAUAAUGACUGGCAGAAUUGAAUUUCAAUAUACAUCACAUGUGUCUGUAAAUACACAGUGGCCAUCAUACGCACAUCGCCAUCCCACAUAUGAGAUUGCUUCCAUACCCACACUCAACCCACUCAGCUUUUCUACACUGUUGCAACAUAAUUCACUUUUUACUGAUAAGAAAAUCAGACCCUUCCUAUCAAAAGGUUAUGCAUAAAGUCAUCAUGGCCAAGAUGUCCUUUCAUUUUACUCACAGAAUCUGUAUUGUUUAACAAUAUUCUGUUGCAGCCAUUACCUUCUAUUGAACUAAUAUGUGGGGGUUACUUUCAGUCAACAGUUAUAUUUUGUACAUUAUCCAUAUAAGCUAUGCCCAGCAUUGUACUUUCUGAUUCAUUGAACUUCAACCCUCAUAUACAUUCUUGGGAGUCUGACAUAUCCAGAGGGCCUUAUCUUGUAGAAAGCUGAUCUAUAUGAAAAUUCUAUUCUGGUUUUAUGUUAAUUCUUGCAUAUUUCCUGACAGAUAUGAAGGGGUGAAAGUGCAGUUCUAGAUCAAUUGUCACAGAUCACAGUUAUAAGAAAUCACCUUGCAGCUGGAAGCAACUUAGGAGAUGAGAAUAUUGCUUGCUAUCUCUUAAAACAUCAUAACCUUCUUGGAGCUUAAUAAGAAAGAUAUAUCUAUGGACUAUUUACACUGAGGUUAUACCAUUUUCACACUACUGUCAAUGACAAAGCAGUCCAUAACUGUUAAUGUUAAUCAAGAAUGGCAGUUAAAGGAUAAUGUUUGUCUGUUAGCUUCAUUUGUACAAAUGAUUUGAUUGCAUUUUCCCUCAUUAGCAAAUGAGGAUGUCAUGCAGCCUUCCGCAAUCCUUCGUCACAAAUUUCAUAUUAGAAAAUGCUGUGCCAUCUGUAAAGGAGCUCUCUAGAAGUGAAGUGCCUGUAGUGUAUAUACGCUAUGUAAUCUACUAAGAGACUAGAAUACAAAUUGUUUAAGUAGAUGAUUCUUUUAAUCUUCAGAUGUGUUUUAGGUGAGAAGAAACUGUUCUUCUGUUCAGCUUUUAUUUGCUUUUUUAGCUCAGUGCCAUGACUUUUCCAAGCCAAGCAUACACUAUUAUAGAUGACAUAUAUCAAUGUUCUAUGCCUCUUUGAUUGCCUUGGCUUGUAUAGUUUAUUACGUGAAGUAUGGCAAUACUAUGGCUUUAUGUAUCAUUAUUCAAGGCAUAUAGGAGAAUCUAAGCACUCUGCCAAUUCAAACCAAAGAUUUUUCAAGUCCAGAAGCAGCCAACCAGAUUUAAUGCUAUUUUGUUUGCUGUGCGUUGACUGGCACUAAAUUUGUGUAGUCUUAUAAGAAGCCUCCUUUUCCACUCUGUGUAAAGAUCACUGUGUCCGAAAUGUGAGUUAAAAAUCAGACAGAAAAAGUAAUUUUAUCCCUCUGAAACAGCAUACAGUGAAAUAAAAAACAAGCAACACAAAUUUCAGGGGUCCUCUUUCCUGUGUCCCCCCUGGAUAUGUAUUUUAAUAGUUAGAAUUUAUUUCUGGGAAAUACAGUGAAAAGACAAUCAUGAUGAGAAUUAAGUUAUUGAUUUUUGCAGUACUAUAUAAGAUUUCACACACACACCCUAACUUACUCCCACCCCACCAACCAACUGGAUACAGUAUUACAAUUAAGACUGUAAUUGUGGAAAAGCUGUCUUAAUUUUCUUUGGUUUAAAAAAAAGAGAGAGAAAGGAACAGGAAAACCAGGGACUAGAAUUUAUAUGGUAUAAUAAAAGUGUGUAUGUGUUGUGAAAAGGUCCUAAUUUGACCGAUUUUGGUCUUUGAACUUCAUAUGAUCUCCUAUAAAUACUUUGUUGAGGUGAUUUACAGAGCUUUAAGUUCCUGUCAAUCCAUGUUUCUUCUUCAUGCAAAUAAAGCAAAUCUGUUACUUCUUCUGUUAUAAUUUAGCAAAAAGUCUGUUAUUUUCCUCUGCUUCCUUUUCAUCCUCAAGACGUUAUUUUCAAAAGGGACAAAGGAAAACAUGGCUCAGUAACCACACAUAAAUAAUGCAAUGACUGUAUUUGUAUUAUUCCUGGAAAUUCUGUUCUAUCUGGACCUGUUCCACAAGAAUAACGUGUAUCUUAAUAAAUGUCUUGAAUCAACAGAUUUGUUGGAUAUUGUUUCAUGGGCUCUGGUUAAAAUGGACAAACUGUACAUAUUAAAACAACU